AGAUCCCAACAAAAAUAUUUUUUCUCACUGUUAAUAAUGUAAGAAGUAUAUUUCCAAUGAAUUAUUUUAUGUUUUUUCGGAUUAUUUUACGGACGUAACUGUUUUUUCCUGAUUUUUUAACGGCAGUUUUGGAUUUUUCGGUGAAGCACUAGUGCGUCUCCUCAAAGUAGAUUGGUAACACUGCGUCAAUCAAGAAUGAUGUUUUCCUCGUUCUAUUUCUGAAUCUGAUGAAAAGGUGGAGACCAAAUUUGGUAAUUGAACUUCAUUCAAUCUACCUACACAUAUUCAUUAUGUUUGAGUGAUUUUUUUAGAUACAUAUCAAUAAAAAUCAUUAAAGAAUGUCACCAACACCCAUGCCUGGCUUUAUUGUUGGAACAGGAUUAAACAUGGAAAAUAUGGUAUGUUCCCGAUGCAAUGAAGGUUUCGACCCGAAUGAAAAGAUAGUGAAUUCAACAGGAAAACUCUGGCAUCCACAAUGUUUUGUGUGUGCCCAAUGUUUUCAACAGUUCGAGGAUGGCGUAUUUUAUGAAUUUGAUGACAGGAAGUACUGCGAAAGAGAUUUUCAGGUAUUAUUUGCUCCUUGUUGUGGAAAAUGUGGAAGUUUUAUUAUUGGGAGGGUAAUAAAGGCUAUGAAUGCAUCUUGGCAUCCAGAAUGCUUCUGUUGCGAGAUGUGUCACACUGAAUUGGCUGAUACUGGAUUUAUCAAAUAUGCUGGCAAAGCUUUAUGCCAUGAGUGUAAUGCCAAUCUAAAAGCCAAAGGUCUUGGGAAACAUGUAUGUCAUAAGUGUCAUGGUAUUAUUGAUGAUCAGCCUCUUAAAUUCCGUGGUGAAGUUUAUCACCCAUAUCACUUCAAUUGCACUGCUUGUGGAAUUGAAUUAGAUGCGACAGCAAGGGAAGUACGUAGUCGCCCUGGUUUUGCAGCCAAUGAAAUGAAUGAAUUGUACUGUUUGAGAUGUCAUGAUAAGAUGGGUAUUCCAAUCUGUGGAGCUUGCCGAAGACCAAUUGAAGAGAGAGUGGUUACUGCUCUCGGAAAGCAUUGGCAUGUUGAGCAUUUUGCAUGUGCCAAAUGUGAGAAACCGUUCUUUGGUCAUCGUCAUUAUGAGAAGAAAGGGUUAGCAUACUGUGAAACUCAUUAUCAUCAACUCUUUGGAAAUUUAUGUCAUGUCUGUAAUCAGGUGAUCUCAGGGGAUGUUUUUACAGCCUUGAAUAAGGCUUGGUGUGUUCACCACUUUGCUUGUGCAGUCUGCGACCAGAAAAUGAAUCAGAAAACGAAAUUUUACGAGUGGGAUCUGAAACCUGUCUGUAAGAAAUGUUUUGAAAAGUUCCCUAUGGAACUAAGAAAAAGGUUGAAACGACAACAUGAUGCUACUCCAAAAAAACCAGUAACUCCUUCUUAAAUGUUAUUUUAUGAGAAUGAUUCUCUUAUAUUUUAACGCCUUCAGAAAUCAGUUCUUGUUCCAUAGGCAAAUGAUUUUGCGUCAAAUUCUUCCAAAGGAAAGAUUAUGUUGAAAUGUCAAAUUAAAAUUCUAUGUUAAUCUCAUAUUUAUAAUGCGGUAAUUUCUGUUGAAUCCAUACUGUCCAAUCUAGAUCUUUGAAAAAUCCUUUAUUUGAUUAAUUAUUAGGUACUUAUUUAAUUUUAAUAAUAUCGGAAAUGAUUAUAUGUUGUAACUAUCCGUUUUUAACACAUAUUUUAUAUAUUUAUAGUAACAAAUUGGACUAACAGAUGUUGUUAUAAUAUUAUGUAUUCAGAAUAAUUUCCAACUGCCCUGAAACCCAUAAUUUAUUUAUAGAUUUGCUUUCAGCUGAAGGUUUUUUUAUCUUAAGUUUUUUACUAAAAAUAAAUAAAAAUAGUUCUCAAACUUGAAUUAAGCUUCCAGAAAAAAUUAUUUAUAUGCCUUUUUACAAAUUUUGGGUUGAAUUUAAUUCCAAUGUAUGUCAUAACGUUAUUAAUGAUUGCAAACACAAUGAAAUGUUUGAUCAAUCAGCUUCUAAUGUGCCUUUAUAUUCCAAGCUUUAAAAAAACGUGUAAUAUGUAAAUUAUAUUUUAUUUUGUAAUCAAUACAUUAAUAUUAAUUCA